GUGCGUGCUAUGGAGUACGAAGACGUGGCCGCAAAUACGGUUUGCCUCAAUGGUGCCCUAUACAUCUGCCAGAGGGCUAGUCGCUGGAAGAGCGUUUUCGAACUUUUGAGUCGCAUGCAAAGAGUCGAAGUUCUGCCCGAUGUCCUAAGCUUUGACAGCGCCCUGCGAGCAGCGGAGGUGGGCGAACACGGUAGCUGGCUGGCGGCCCACGCCCCCAACAUGGCUCGAGCGGCAGUGGCCAAGCUAUUGGCGAGCUGA